CACCAUUCAACCACAGGGGGCCUGAAAAGAGACAGAUCUGGAGAACCUGUGCCCUAUAUGAGGAUUAUCUGUGACAUCUUCCCAGAUGUUGGCGCAUCAGGACCCACUGCUCAUCAUUUACACACAAUCCUUUUCUUUCUCAUUUGCUGUGUUUCAGUUAGGAAGUUUUCUUUUAUGGCUAAAAAACGGAAAAGUUUGAAUUCCAGCCAGGAAUGGAUAUUUGCUUUCACAUUUUGGCACCUGCACAUUAAAACCCGAUGUAAAAAUGAGGAAGAAAUGAAUCCAUUUUUUAUUCUUCAGACUGAUUGUGCCAUUUAAUCUGAUCGGAUGGGGCGGAUAAGGCGACGCUGACCAAGAGAAAAGGGCACCUUAAAUGCCAGACAUCUCACAGGGUGACAUAAAAUAUGACAAGAAGUGACUGAAAGUUAUGGAGAUCUCCGGUCAAGUCGAGACAACUCAGCCGGUGAACACCACAAACGACAGUUUUGUCACAGCUUCAUCCACGGUGGAUGAGAGCGCGGAGAGUCUCGCCUAUCAGAUCAGCCUGGCGGUGAUCCUCUCUGUCAUCACACUGGCCACCACUUUAUCCAACGCGUUUGUCAUCGCAACGAUCUCCCAGUCGAAGAAACUGCAAACUCCUGCCAACUUUCUGAUCGCCUCUCUGGCCAUCACCGACCUCCUGGUGUCUAUUCUGGUGAUGCCCAUCUGCGUCCUGUACACCGUCAUCCACACCUGGACGCUGGGGCAAGUCGUGUGCGACAUCUGGCUCUCGUCGGACAUAACGUGUUGCACCGCGUCCAUCCUCCACCUGUGCGUAAUCGCUUUGGAUAGGUACUGGGCCAUCACGGACGCGGUGGAGUACUCCAAAAAGCGCACGCCGGGACGCGCAGCUGGGAUGGUGGCCACAGCCUGGGUCAUCGCCAUCUCCAUCUCCCUGCCGCCUCUCUUCUGGAGGCAGGUGAAGGCGGAGGAGAUGACCAGCUGCAGCGUCAACACGGAUCAUAUUUUCUACACCAUCUACUCCACCUUCGGGGCUUUUUACAUCCCCACCUUGCUGCUUAUUGUCCUCUACGGGCGGAUUUACGUGGAGGCUCGGAAACGGAUCCUGAAACAGUCCCCCAAGAAGGUGGGGAAGAGACUCACCUCUGCGCACCUGGUCACCAACUCCCCCGGGUCCGUGGCGUCUACGACCUCCCUGCAGUGCGGGAGACACGACACUCCGUCCAGCGACACCGGGUCCUCGACGAGCGAGAACCAGGUGAAAGUGACGGUGUCGGACGCGCUUUUGGAGAAAAAGCGGAUUUCAGCAGCCAGAGAGAGGAAAGCGACGAAGACUUUGGGGAUAAUCCUCGGCGCUUACAUCGUCUGCUGGCUGCCGUUUUUCAUUUACACACUGGUGGUGGCCACAUGCGACACAUGUUUAAACCCCGAACUGUUUGACUUUUUCACCUGGUUGGGAUAUCUGAACUCCCUCAUCAACCCGAUCAUAUACACCAUGUCCAACGAGGACUUCAAGAAAGCUUUCCAUAAACUUGUGCGCUUCAGAUGCUGUAGGUCAUGAACAAAUAUCCCUUCAGAUUCCCAAUAAGAUGUAUUUCUGUAUUUAUUAUUAUUAUUAUUAUUGUUUUUGUUAUAUAGUUCUAAAGAUAUGUCUGAGAACAUAGAGUAGUACAAUGUCAUAAAACAUCUUUGAAUCAUCAUAAGUUGUGCAUGCAAGGGAACAACUUCCAAUUUUCAGUCAUUUUUCCCUUUUGUGGAGAUUUUAAAUGCCAGUUUCAUAAAACAAACAAACAAAAAGAAAUCGUGAAACUAUAAUACCAUAAUUUUCAUGGAUUUAAACCUACUUCCAACACUUUAAAAAAAGGAAUUACUGUCUUUGUGACAUGAAAUCAGUUUUUCUUAAAAAAAAAAAAAGUGCUUCAGUGAAAAAUAAUACCAAACAUAAAGAUGAAUUAAAUGUGAGGAUGGACUUUUUGCCAGAUUGAUGACAGCUUCAUAUACAGAAUCAGCUGAACAUGUCAUAUAAACUCCUUUGUACUGGCACAUGUGCUUUGUUGUGCCAGAACAUCCACUGAUGAGUUGUUAGUAUUCUGUAUGGAUUCCUGUUUGGAUGGUACAGUAUAUGACAACACCUUAUUCCCAUGCCAAGACUGACCCAUUAAUGCCUGCCGAGACCAUAAACAUCUGACAUGAUGUUAUAAGGCAAAAAUAUAAGAACACGACUAAAUGACCCAGGAUCCAUUUUGAAUUGUGUGUAUAAAUAUGGUAGUUUUAUUUUUGAAACUCAUAGAUCAACAAUAUGUCUAUGUACUCUGAGAAAUUAUAACAUAGGUAUAUAUUUUGAUUAUGGUGAUGGACUGCUUGCUGCUGCCCUGUAUGGUUAUCUUGUUUGUUUAGGAAGGCACACUCACGCAGCUAGGGGAGAAAAAGAAAAACAGUCAGAAGUCUGCUUGUUGUACCAGGCACUGAGAAAAGAUUCAUACAAUAUCAGUGUCAAACAAAGAAACUGUAGCUGAUAUUUACCCAGCAGAGCUGAACACUGAUGAUAAGUUCAAUUUUACUGAACAAACAUCGCCUUGUUUUACUGUGUGUGUGUGUGGAUCUGUUUGCUGCUACAUUAAAUCUGUAUCUACACUAUGUUAUGUUCAUGUGUGACAUGGUUUGGCCACCUCACGGCUACAGAGACUGACUCGCUGCUUUGAAUUAUGGAGUCUGGCCCUCAGAGCCACAGAACUAAUGCUGAUUAUCUGUCAGCAUUGUGUGAAAUAAAGGUAUGUUGUUAUCUGUUAUCACAUUCAGAGCUGCUGUGCAAUAAAGGCUUUCAAGUACUUG